CACGCCAUGGAGAAACCCUCAAAGGAUCGUCUCACUUUAUCUCCAGGUUGUAAAAUGGAAGAUGAGGACAUCACAGGAGAUUGUGGAGGAGAAAAGACAAUGAGCUCCACUAUGGAUGGAGGACUUCACAGUGUGGAGAGACCAUGGAAUCCCUCUGAGCAACCUCGUACUGUGGGGGAUGGGGCCGGGAUUCAGGGGGAGGAGACAUUUCCCUGUAAUGAUUUUGGGGGAAGUUUUAGCUCUGCAUCUGAUCUUAUAAUACAUCAGAGAUCUCACACGGGUGAAAAACUUAAUUGCUGUUCAGAGUGCGGUAAAUGUUUUCCCCAUAAAUCAGGACUAGUCCGACAUCAGAGAUCUCACACAGGGGCAAAGCCGUAUUCCUGUCCUGAGUGUAGGAAAACAUUUUCGCAGAAGACCGGUCUUUGCACACAUCGGAGAUCGCAUACUGGUGAAAAGCCGUAUUCCUGCCAUGAGUGCGGGAAAUGUUUUUCACAUCAGGCCAGUUUUUUGAGACAUCAGAGAUCUCACACAGGGGAGAAGCCGCAUUCUUGCCCUGAGUGUGGAAAAUGUUAUACACGGAAAUCAGUACUUGCUAUACAUCAAAGAUCUCACACGGGGGAGAAGCCGUUUUCCUGUUCUGAGUGCGGGAAAUGUUUUUCAUAUAAAGCUGACCUGGCCAGACAUUACAGAACUCACACAGGGGAGAAGCCGCAUUCCUGCCCCACGUGCGGGAAAUGUUUUCAAAACAGAUCAGACCUUGUUAAACAUCUAAGAUCUCACACAGGGGAGAAGCCGUAUUCCUGCCCUGAGUGCGGGAAAACAUUUUCGCAGAGGACCCAUCUAUCUACACAUCAGAGAGUGCACACUGGUGUAAAGCCAUAUUCUUGCCUUGAGUGUGGGAAAUAUUUUGCAGAUAAGGCCAAUUUUUCGAGACAUCAGAGAUCUCACACGGGCGAGAAGCCAUAUUCCUGCUCUGAGUGCGGGAAAUGUUUUCAAGAGAAAUCAGACCUUGGUAAACACCAAAGAUCUCACACAGGUGAGAAGCUGCAUUCCUGCCCUGAGUGUGGGAAAUGUUAUACAUGGAAAUCAGACCUUGUUAUACAUCAAAGGUCUCACACAGGGGAGAAACCAUAUCCUUGUCCUGACUGCGGGAAAUGUUUUUUCCAUAAAUCAGAUCUGGGAAGACAUUGCAGAUCUCACACAGGGGAGAGGCCGUAUUCCUGUCCUGAGUGCGGGAAAAGUUUUUUACAGAAGGCCCAUCUUUACAGACAUCAGAGAACCCACACAACCGUUGAGGUGUAUUAGUGUCCUGAGUGUGGGAAAUGUCUUCUAUAUGGAUCAUCUUUUGCCGUACAUCAGAGAUCUCACACUGGGAAGAAGCUCACCUUGAUAGACACCUCAGAAAACACGUGGCUGAGCGCUCCUCUGAUCUUUAUCAUGGAAGAAACACUUUA